AGCCUACACUGCCAUCUCUAAGCGUUUAAUAUCAACAAAGUGGGGCUCAAGUUUUUCUGGAAAACUCCCUAGCCAAACUCAUUCAAAUGUUCGAAAAGAAGAGCGAUAAGGUGAAGCAGGCUGAGCACAAACCGCGGGACGAUGGCGUGGAACUGGAGAGCCAGUUCAUCAUGCGGGUGCCAAAGGAACUGGCCGACACUGUCCAUGAGGCCAUAAAUUCGGGCACCGUCAAGGAUCGGCUGACCAUCCAACUGGAUCAGGAUCUCAGGUACGGCGAAGUGCGUCUGGAUGACCAACUGCUGUACACCAAACUGGUGGAUCUACCCACCGUCGUCGAGAGCUACAAGACCAUUGACAACAAGAGCUUCUACAAGUCGGCAGACAUCUGCCAGAUACUCAUCUGCAAGGAGGAGCCGGAGGACGACACAGAGAAGGAGUCGCCCAACAAGAACAAGAAAAAGGAUCCCAAUAAGGUGGAUAAGAAGUACCUGUUUCCCCAUGGCAUCACUCCACCCUGCAAGAAUGUGAGGAAACGUAGAUUCCGAAAGACUCUAAAGAAAAAGAAUGUCGAAGCCCCUGAAAUCGAGAAGGAAGUGAAGCACCUGCUGCGUAUCGAUAACGAGGCAGUGAGGGUCGACUACGAAAUUAUCAACGAGGAGGAUAAGCCCAUGGAUGACCUCGAUCAAUCGGAUAUCAAGACUUACAACGAUGCGGACGAUGAGAUGCAGGAUGAAACCACCAUGCACGCCAGCGAGAAGACGGCCAUGGACAUAAGCUCCCAGCGGGACAUCAAUGUGGAGUCCGAUGACGACGAAGCCAGCAACUUUCCCACCCAUCGGGCGCCCAACAUGGGCGUGGCUGCCCACGACAUCUUUGGCGAGGAGGUGUCCACCACCGAUGACGAAGAUGAGCCGGAUCGGGGCAACAACACCAUGCAGCGUCGUGAAAUGGAGGAAUCCUCCCGCCUCUCUGCGGAUGAUUCACGCAUGUCGGACUUCUUUGGAGCUAGUGGCAGUAAUGCCGGAGCCGGCGGCCUGAAAAUGGACAACGAGUUCAGCAAGUCCAUGUUUGGCCAAGAGGCCAGCAGUCCCAAGCUAAGCGCCGCCGGUUCCAGCUCCAACCUGGCUGCCCCCAGUGGCUUUUACGACAAUCAGAUGCUGAACAAGCGGGAGGAGUUUGAGAAUAUGGAGUUCAUGGACGAGCCGCAGCCGCAGUACUCGCAACAACAGGUGCACCAGAAGAUCAGUCAACUGACGCGGCAGAUCAGCGAGCUAAAGGCGCAGCAGGUGCAGAAGUCUACCGAAAUCGCCUCCAUCCAGAACGCCACGCUGAAGCAACGUAUGCAAGAAACUCUUGACAAUCUCUACGCGCAGAUCAUGGAAAGAGAGCUGGAGCGCAAGGACUUUGAGAAUAUGCUGGAGUCUUAAGUGAAAUGUAGAAUUUUAUUGAACUGUUCGUAAGCUAUAUUAAAAUGUAAUUUAAGGUAAUCAUACAA